GGCCGGGGCGCAGUGCGCAGGCGGGGCCGCCCCUUCCUGCCGGCGGGCGGGGGGGCGAGGGGAGGAGCGGCGCGGGAGAGUGGGGAGCGCGGCCCCGCCCGCGCGAUGGAGGUCAGCCACUCCGUCAAGGAGCGCACCAUCGCCGAGAACAGCCUGGUCAUCCUGCUGCAGGGCCUGCGCGGCCACGUCACCACCGUGGACCUCCGCGAUGAGAGCACGGCCACGGGGCGCGUCAUCAACGUGGACGCCUUCAUGAACGUGCGCCUGGCCGAGGUGACCUUCACGGACAGGCAGGGCGCCGUGUCCCGCCUGGACGAGCUCUUCGUGACCGGCAGGAACGUCCGCUACGUCCACAUCCCCGACGAGGUGGACAUCAGGGCCACCAUCGAGCGGCAGCUGCAGGCCAUCCACCGGGUCCGCUACUUCGGGGGCCGCGACAAGGGCAGGAAGGAGUUCCCUCGUGCCAAGCACAAGUGAGCCCCCGGCCCUGCCUGCCCCUUCAGCCAGACUGCCAGCCGCCUCGCACAGCCCACCCGGGGACUCGGGGCUCUGCUGCUCCCCUGGCCGGCGCCCACGGGGGAGCAGGGAUAUCUUUUCUAAUGAAUAACCCCACGUAAAAGGGUCUGUGAUCUCUCA